UUACUUGCCUUGCCUUGCCCACAAUUUAAGUAUAUAGUCUCAAAGUUUUCCACCCAAACACUUGCACACCAUUACCAUGCUUGCUUAGUUUUUGAGGCGUGCCGUUUCUGAAUUGCCAUCCUUUUUGUCCUCAAACUUAUUCAACAAACUAUUUUGCGAUCAUUCUUAGUUGCGUGUUUCUGUUUUUGCAAUCAUCUGCUGUCUGCGAAAAGGGGAUGGCUUGAGAUAAUAGAAUUACUAUACUCAUUACGGUUAUGGCGGACAAAGAUUUGAAUCCAAGCUGCAUAUUAUUCAAGGAUGUCAGGUCAGCCCUUAAACUUGAUGAGCUAGGUGUAGAGAUAGCUACCAUUGCUCUUCCUGCAGCAAUGGCUUUGACAGCUGAUCCUAUAGCAUCUCUCAUUGAUACUGCAUUUAUCGGCCAAAUUGGUCCUGUUGAGCUUGCUGCAGUGGGAGUCUCCAUUGCUUUAUUCAAUCAGAUAUCAAGAAUUGCGAUAUUCCCACUCGUCAGUGUGACAACUUCUUUUGUUGCCGAGGAAGAUUCAGUGAAAGGGGCACGCCUAGAUUUCAAAGAGGAUGACGUAUCUAGCCAAGACAGUGAGGAUAAAAUGUUGAUACCACAAAAGGGCUUGGAUGAGAAAAUGCAUCGCUUGGACACUGCAAAGAGUUUUGAGAUUGGUGAGGCUGAACAUGGGAAGAAGCAGAUUGCUUCGGCCCCUUCAGCAUUAAUCAUCGGCGGCAUUCUUGGCCUACUCCAAGCUGUGUUUCUCAUCACUGCAGCCAGACCAUUACUAAGUUUCAUGGGAGUAAAAUAUGUAGGCUCAGAGAUGUCGAAACCUGCUGAACAGUACUUGAAGCUCAGAUCACUCGGUGCUCCUGCAGUUCUCUUGUCCUUAGCUAUGCAAGGAGUGUUUCGUGGUCUCAAAGACACAAAAACUCCGCUUUAUGCAACAGUGUCCGGAGAUUUAGUAAACAUCAUUUUGGACCCGAUAUUUAUAUUUGUUCUGAAGAUGGGUGUCAGGGGUGCUGCCACUGCACAUGUUAUCUCUCAGUAUUUGAUUGCUCUAAUACUCUUCUGGAGAUUGCAAAGGGAAGUGGAGCUCUUAUCUCCUAGUCGUGAAUAUCUUCAAUUAGGUCGUUUUAUGAAAAAUGGAUUCCAAUUGCUUAUAAGGGUCAUAGCCGUAACAUUCUGUGUGACGCUAUCUGCAUCAAUGGCGGCCAGGCUGGGAUCGACAGAAAUGGCUGCAUUUCAGGUUUGCUUGCAAGUUUGGCUAGCUAGUUCUCUUUUGGCUGAUGGUUUGGCAGUUGCUGGACAGGCCAUACUUGCAAGUGCUUUUGCAAGAAAAGACUACGGUAGGGCAGCUGCCACAGCAUCCCGGGUGCUGCAGUUGAGUUUAGCUCUGGGAUUCUGCUUAGCUGUCAUGCUCGGAUUUGGAUUGCAUUUUGGAGCACGGACCUUCACCAAAGACGCUGAUGUUAUCCGCUUUAUUGGUGUUGGCAUCCCGUUUGUGGCAGCGACUCAGCCGAUCAACUCACUGGCCUUUGUUUUUGAUGGUGUCAACUUUGGAGCAUCUGAUUUUGCAUAUUCAGCUUACUCAAUGGUUAUAGUGGCUAUUUUUAGCAUCAUCGCAUUGUUGGUUCUUUCAUCCACCUGUGGAUUUAUAGGAAUAUGGGUUGCCCUUACUGUCUACAUGAGUUUAAGAGCAUUAGCUGGAUUUUGGAGAAUAGGGACAGCAACAGGGCCAUGGGAAUUUCUUAGGAGUUGAUUCUCUUUUGUUUUAGAGAUGUGGAAAAUCAAAUGGAUGACUUCUUCAUGUAUUAGGAACUAAGAUUUGAAAAUGUGUUAUUGUAUAUAUAUAGGUUAUGUUUAGGGGGGCUUGAGACCAUCAAUGAUGGCUUCUCAAGCCAAUAUACUAACAAACUAUUUUAAAUGUGUCUUAACUACUAUUGAGAAAAAAUAGAUCUCCAAUUCAAAUAGUUUGUUAUCCCAGC